AUGGCAAAGAAGAAGAAUUGUCUGGUGUUUAUGGAUGUGUCCAUUGAUGGGGAUCCUGUUGAAAGGAUGGUUUUUGAGCUCUUCUCCGAUGUUGCUCCAAAAACUGCUGAAAAUUUUCGUGCAUUAUGCACAGGAGAAAGGGGCGUGGGUCCAAAUACUGGAAAAGCACUGCACUACAAGGGGUCAUUCUUCCAUCGAAUUGUGAAAGGAUCUGUUGCCUGGGGUACAGGGCUGAUGGUCACGACUGCCUUUCUUGGUGGUGAUUUUGUAAAUCGAAAUGGUACGUAUGGUGCUGUCUCCUCCAACCCAUUGGGUCACACUUGCGCUACUGAGAUUGCAGUUGAUAUGAUGAGUUUUUCACAUGGUACUGGUGGAGAAAGCAUAUAUGGUUCCAAGUUCCCAGAUGAAUCACCUAGGCUAAAGCAUGAUACUCCAGGCCUUCUAUCCAUGCCAGUUGCUGUUCGUGACACUCAUGGUUCUCAUUUUAUCAUUACUUUUAAAGCUGAUCCCCAUCUUGAUAGGAAACAUGUAGUCUUUGGCAAGCUUGUGCAAGGGCAUAAUAUAUUAAAGAAAAUUGAAGAUGUGGGUGAUGAAGAAGGACUUCCAAGCGUAACUGUUAAAAUAAUUAAUUGUGGCGAACAUAAUGAGGAUGGAAAGAAGAUAAAGAAAUCAAAAAAGGGAAGAGAUGGGUUUUCUGAAACCAAUAGUCAUGAACUGCAUAGGGGAAAGUACAAAAAAUCUUCAGGAGACAAAAGGAAAAGGAGAACGUACUAUUCAUCAGAAUCUGAUAGUUCCUCAGAUUCAGACAAGCAAUCUUCAGAAAGUGACUAUGAUUCUGACUCAGAUAUAUCUUCAUCAUCUUACACAAGUUCCUCCAGCGAAGACAGGCGGAGAAAGAGAAAGAGAUCUAGAAAAGAUAAACAUAGACGUGAAAAAAGAAGAGAGAAACAUCGAGAGAAGAGACAAAGGAAACAAGACAGAAGGUCAAAGCGUAAAUCAAGAAGGGAAUUGACCAGUCAUACUGAUUCAGAUGAAAGUAAGAGUGGCAACAGCUCUGGUGGUGAAAGUUGUGGUGCUCGAGCAAAAGAUCGGAGGCAUAAAGAUAAUUCUAAGAGACCUGCUGAAGGUCAGUCUUCCUUAGUAGUCGAGAAACAAUUACCUCCCAAUGACCUUAAAAAGAAGGAGAAACUGGAUAUGCUAGAGGAAGAAUUACCAAAGGAGAAUGAAGAGCGAUAUAGCAAUGGCAUUGGAGCCAACUAUAAAUCUGACAGAAGUGAAGGGAGGCAGCCUGAUGUGAUGGAUGAUCAACCAGGCAAAUCUAGGAGUCAAAGCAUGAGCAUUAGUCCCCGGAGUGCGAGCAAAAGCCCAAGUAGUCCAAAAAGGAGCGCAAGCAAAAGUCCAGGUUGCAGUGGUAGCCCUCGGGCUCCAUUACGCAGGAGUUUGAGCCGAAGUCCUGUUAGAAGCACAAGCAAAAGUCCAAACAGAAGAAGCAUCAGCAGAAGCAUAGUGAGAGGUAGGAAGGGAAUAAGUUUCAGUAGAAGCCCUGUGAGAUCUCGAGGGGAUAGAAGUGUUAGUGCAAGCCCUGUAAGAUCCCUUUGCCAGAGCCAGCAGAGGACUUCACCCAGAGCAGCAUCACGAAGAUCAAUCAGCAGAAGUCCUGUGAGAUCUCGUGGUCAUAAAAGUGCCGGCCCAAGCCCAGGAAGAUCCCUUUCUCGGGGUCGUGUGAGGACUUCACCCAGAAUGCCGUCACGAACAUCAAUCAGCAGAAGCCCUGUGAGAUCCCCUGGUAGUAGAAGUGUCAGUAGAAGCCCUGUGAGAUCCCCUGGUAGUAAAAGUGUCAGUGCAAGUCCUGUAAGAUCCCGGAGCCACCGGAAUUCACCCAGAGCGUUGUCACGAAGAUCAAUCAGCAGAAGCCCUGUGAGAACUCACAAUCAUAGAAGUGUCUAUAGAAGCCCUGUGAGAUCUCGUGAUCAUAGAAGUGUCAGUGCAAGCCCUAUAAGAUCUCUUUCUCGGAAUCGCAGGAAGAGUUCACCAAGAUCAUCAUCACGAAGAUCAAUCAGUACAAGCCCUGUGAGAACUUACAAUCAUAAAAGUUUAAGUAGAAGCCCUGUGAGAUCUCAUCGUCGUAAAAGUGUGAGUGCAAGCCCUGUCAGAUCUUUUUCUCGGGGCUGCCAGAGGAGUUCACCUAGAGCACCAUCACGAAGAUCAAUCAGCAGAAGCCCAAGAGUGUCAAGAAAGAGUAUAAGCAGGAGUCCAAUUAGAUCAUCUGCCAGAAGCUCUGGCAGAGUCCCUUUGAGAAGCAUUAGCCGAAGUCCAGUUAGAGUGCCAAGCAGAGGCAAUCGGCGCAGUUAUUCUAGGAGUCCUCGGGGCAGGAGCUUAUCUAAAAGUGUGUCACCUGAUGUUUCCCCAAAACGUAUCCGAAGGGGAAGAGGUUUCAGUGAACGAUACUCUUAUGCUAGAAGGUAUAGGACUCCCUCUCGAUCUCCUGUGAGGUCAUACCGCCAUAAUGGAAGAAGUGACCGGGACAGAUAUUCAGGUUACAGAAGGUACUCCCCUAGGCGUAACAGGAGCCCACCUCCACGAAGAAGAACUCCACCAAGGUUUGUCUUUUGUAAAUGUUCCGGAGUAGGAGGAGCAGGACGCCUUCUGUAUCACGCAGCCCACGUUACCGAGCCCGACAUUAUAGUCGAAGCCGUAGUCCUGUACACAGCCGUUCACCUGUCAAUGCAUAUAGACCUCGUGCUGAGAGGAGCAGGUCUUUGUCCCGGAGCAGGAGUCCUUCACGAUCCAAGGCUUCAGUGGAAUCAGAAUCUCCACGGAAUGCGAGCAGGAACAGCAGGCCAAGGUCCCCAAGGUCCCAGUCUGAAAGCCCAGAUGGGAAGAAAGGGCUUGUUUCUUAUGGAGAUGGUUCCCCCGAUUCAGGCUAAAGGUGGAAUACACUUGUGA